AAUCAAAACCAUACGAAAAAGAAGAAGAAGAAGAAGAAGAAGAAGGUGCGUGAUUAACGAGCGAGCAUCCACCCACACGAGGCGAACCUUUGAGGAAGACCCGGAACAGCGAGAUGCCGGCGAAGCGGACGAGGAACACGGGGAAAGCCCACAUGAAAGCGCUCCUGAGCCGGGAGAUGCGACACAGCCGACUGGCCCUCUUCAUUCAGCAGUUUGAAAAAGAAGCACAGGAGCGCAUGAACGAGUUGGACGGCCGGAUGGAGAACAUGUUGGCCACCGUGGACAAGGUCUUCAAGGUUGAAUUGAUGAAGAUGCCUCCUUCUCUUCAAAAAACGCGCAUAGGGGAUCUGAUAAGCGAGGAGGAAAUCUCUGCAAGUGAGGUGUCGAUUGCCAUGAAGAAUGAGUCCCUCGAGAUGCAGCAGCCCCUCAGGAGGACGCACAGCAAAAGAAUAAAAUCGACAGAUUCAUCUCUGGGUCAGUCCAGCCCGGUCCAGAGGUCCUCCUCCAAGGCCUCUAAGGGAGGAAAGGGGACAAAAAGGACUAGGACAUUGGUCAACAGUAACAGCAAUGGAAGUCUCCGGAAUGCCUCAGCCACCACCAAAAGAACUCAAAGCUGCCUGACCAAGACCAAUGACCAGACCACCAAGGCAAAGUCCAAACUGAGGUCCGUCGUCUCGGCUGGUGAUCUGCAAUGUUCCUUGGCAGGUUCUGCUGCGCACAUCUCCGUUACCACAGGACAGGGACAGACCGUAUGCUUCUCUGAAGAAACCAAGGACGAAAUCGACUUGGACGUGCUGGAUGACGUGGCGUGGUGCCAGAUUCAGAAGCUCACGAGCCUGAUGGACUAUCUGUCGAGGCAAAAUCGCUGCCAGCCAUGACGAAGGAUCUACUGUCGACAAGCAUGGCUGUUAAUUUCAUUGAAUUUGUUUUUUAUAUAUUUUUUAUUUAUAAUAAAGCUUAUUUAACCACUGUGUACAAAUUUAAGUCUGUAAAAUAAAGACAUGCUUUUCACAAG